AAGAUACGGGGAAAGCGACCUUGUUGUGUGUGUGUUUUUUGACGUUUUGUACCGUCUCCUUUACCUACGGCUCUCUUUGGUGACGUAGGCGCGUAACCCCGCCCCGUCUCCAGGGGGACACUCCGCUGUGGGAGCGGCGAAGGCAGCUUCUUCUUGGUCUUUCUCCUUCCUUCUCCAAGAUGGCCGCGCUAGGUGUAAACAAGGUCGGGGCUAGUGCGGGGCUGGAUGCCGGGAGCAGGCAGAGCCGGAGUCCGGCCGGGCCUGUGGUGAAGGUUCUGGAAUGUGGAGUCUGUGAAGAUGUAUUUUCACUGCAAGGAGACAAAGUUCCCAGACUGCUUUUGUGUGGUCAUACAGUCUGUCAUGACUGUCUCACUCGACUUCCUCUCCAUGGCAGAGCAGUUCGAUGUCCUUUUGAUCGGCAGGUUACUGAGUUAGGAGAUUCUGGUGUCUGGGGUUUGAAAAAAAACUUUGCUUUGUUGGAACUCCUGGAACGACUUCAAAAUGGGCUUGGUGGUCAGUGUGGGACAACUGAAGAAGCCAUUGGCCUCUCUGGAGAGUGCAUUGUCCGCUGUGAUGAAGAUGAAACGCAUCUUGCUUCAGUAUACUGCACUGUUUGUGCCACUCACCUGUGUGCAGAGUGUUCCCAACUCACACAUUCCACGAAGACACUUGCAAAACACAGACGUGUGCCCCUUGCUGAUAAACCUCAUGAGAAGACCAUGUGCUCUCAGCACCAAGUGCAUGCUAUUGAAUUUGUGUGCCUGGAAGAAGGGUGUCAAGCCAGUCCUCUCAUGUGUUGUGUUUGCAAAGAAUAUGGAAAGCAUCAGGGUCAUAAACACAGUGUUUUGGAACCAGAAGCAAACCAGAUCCGUGCUUCCAUUUUAGACAUGGCUCACUGUAUAAGAACUUUCACAGAAGAAAUAUCAGAUUAUUCUCGGAAACUAGUUGGAAUAGUUCAGCAGAUAGAAGGAGGAGAACAGAUAAUUGAAGAUGGAAUUGGAAUGGCUCAUACAGAACAUGUCCCAGGUACUGCAGAGAAUGCUCGUUCGUGUGUCCGAGCCUAUUUUUCUGAUCUUCAUGAAACGCUCUGCCGCCAAGAAGAAAUGGCACUUAGUGUGGUUGAUGCCCAUGUGCGGGAGAAAUUGAUCUGGCUUAGGCAACAGCAAGAAGAUAUGACUAUUCUGUUGUCCCAGGUUUCUACAGCUUGCCUUCACUGUGAAAAGACAUUGCAGCAGGAUGACUGCAGAGUUGUCUUGGCCAAACAAGAAAUUACAAGGCUUCUAGAAACACUACAAAAACAACAACAACAGUUUACCGAGCUUGCAGACCAUAUACAACUUGAUGCUAGCAUUCCAGUUACUUUUACAAAGGACAACAGGGUACACAUUGGGCCAAAAAUGGAGAUUCGGGUUGUAACUCUGGGAUUAGAUGGAGCUGGCAAGACAACCAUUUUAUUUAAGCUGAAGCAGGAUGAAUUCAUGCAACCUAUUCCAACAAUAGGUUUUAAUGUUGAAACUGUAGAAUAUAAAAAUCUGAAGUUCACUAUUUGGGAUGUAGGAGGUAAACACAAGCUGAGGCCUUUGUGGAAACAUUAUUACCUCAAUACACAAGCGGUGGUGUUUGUUAUUGAUAGCAGCCACAGAGACAGGGUCAGCGAAGCACACAGUGAACUUGCCAAACUGUUAACAGAAAAGGAGUUGCGAGAUGCUUUGCUGCUGAUCUUUGCCAAUAAGCAGGAUGUGGCAGGGGCACUUUCCGUGGAAGAAGUCACAGAAUUGCUGAGUCUGCACAAACUCUGCUGUGGUCGGAGCUGGUACAUUCAAGGGUGUGAUGCCCGAAGUGGCAUGGGACUGUAUGAAGGACUGGAUUGGCUCUCGAGACAUCUGGUAGCUGCAGGUGUACUGGAUGUCGCUUAAGGUCCUCUUGAGAAGCAUUAAGCUUGAAGAUCAUUUAAUUUAUUUGUGUGACUUGAGAUGGUCAAACACGAACUUAUCAUCCAAGGCUAUGUAUUCUUAAGAAAACAACUAACAUUUUUGCUGGAAUGCUUAUUGGAGUGUGGUACAGUGAGUGUGUAAUUCCUGUAAAUUAUGGUAAUUUAAUAGUGGCGUGACGGCUUUGCAAGAAAGGUGCCUUGGUGUUUUGUUUUGUUUUUAAGAAAUGAAAUUUGAAAGAUCUUACACUUCCCUAUUAAGCAACUAAUUUAUCUUCUCACAAGUACUUUAGGAACUUGGCAUUUAUUUGACCUUGCUCCUUUCAGAGUUGGCCUUGCUGCAUUUGCUUUUUCUCAGACCUCACUUGGGCAUGCAGGCACACACAAACCACUUCUUGAUAAAAAGAAAAAUGAAGUAGACAUGGUGCCGGGUUGGGCAUAGAGCCUAUGUACAUAUAGAUAUGUGUGCAUUUAGUCUGGGUACCUUGUGUAGCUUGCAUAUGUGAGUGUGGAAUGGCCACACCUACCAGUGGCAAGUGGUCCUUGGAGUUGGUCAAUGCUGCCAUCAGGCCAAAAGACCUUUGCCAUCCUUACUCUAUAGCUCCAAAUAUUCCCCCCACUACUGCAACCAAACACCUUCAAAGUUUCAUUGUAGUUUCAUUGUCGUUUUGCUCCUUCAUCUUCCAUUUUAGAGGAAAAAACACCACCUUGCAGAAAGACUACUAGUAAAAUGGAUGGGUUAAUGGCCGGUCAGGUCUCCAGCUAUCCAAGUGUAGACCUAAAUGUGUCCUGGUUAAAAUCUCCCCUCGGUUGUAUUUGUUUGUCUGACUGAGGUUGCAAGUGGAAGUUGCCUAAGUAUACAUAUUUAAUGACUUUUUUGGGGGAAAUUUAUUUUUAUCAGCUUCUUAAAAUCCUCCUUUCCCUCCUCUUUCAUCUGAAUUCCAUAUGUACAUUGUGCCAGGCAGGCAACUUCUGAUCUGGUGGUACAUGAUUACAUAUCCUUCUUUCCAUAAGAUCAGGAAUGGUUUAUUUUCAGUUCUUGAUGGGAAAUCAUGUACAGUUUGGGAAAGCUGAAGUACCUUUCUUGCAACUCCUUAUAUAA